AUGAAAAAGGACACAGAGUUCCUUGUGCACACACAGAAAGUUCCAGAGGCAAUCCAAAAUAUAGCAAAGGUUCAGGAUAUUCUGGAAUUGCAGAAAGUUGGAACAUUUCCUGAGAACCUGAGGCAGAUAUUCCAGUACCGGGAGGAGAGGACAAAGAACCUAGUGUGCGCUAUUCAGAUUAGGAAGGAUUUGGAAGUCCUAAAAGAGAUGGUGGAUGUUGUGGAGAAUUUUGUGCUGGCUGAGACGUUUUCUGACAGUGUAGUAGAAAACCUCGCGAUUGAUAUCUGUGAUGACAGUGCUUCAUCAGAGCAAGAUGAACAGCAGGCGAGAAUUGCCAUUUUUACUAUACAAAUUUUACAGCAAAUUAAAGCGGGGAAGCCGCCACAGCAGAGCUCAGAAGAAAAUAGAUGCUGAGACUCUUCAGAUAACAUGUCCAAUGGUGACUCCAUAAUAGAUUGGCCUAACUCUGGCAGACAGACUGCCGAUACAGCAAGAAGUGGUCAGAGAGGAAAACAGUCCUUGGGGGCAGUGAGCCAGACUAAUCCAAACAGUGGUGAUUUCAGAUUCAGUUUAGAGACAAAUGGUAACCAUCAUAAUGUAAGCCAAAUCCCAGAGAAUGAAAAUGAACCAUCUGCUACAUGUCUUAGUGUAGAAAACAUGGACAGCAGCAGCCAAAGGCAAAUGGAAAAUUCAGCACCUGAGACAUCAUCUGCCAGAACACCUAGGUCAGAACGCAGUUCUGCUGAAUCAUUAACAGAAGUGCCUUCCACCAGAGGUCGGAGGAGGGCAAGAAGCCCGAAACCAGAACACCGGCGAAGAAUCAGAGUCAGAGCUGAAAGAAGUAGGUCUCUGCACCCAGCAAAUGAAAUUCCACGAAGAUCUCAUCAUAGCAUUUCAUCUGAGACUUUUCAGCACCCUUUGGUAAACGAAAUCGAGGGAAGUUCUAGAGCCCCUCGCCAUGGGACUUUGAGACAGCAGAUAACUGGACCUGAGUUGCUAGGUAGAGGUCUUUUUGCGGCUUCUGGGUCAAGAAAUUCUGCCGCUCAAGGGACAAGUUCUUCUGACACGGGUACCACUGGUGAAGCAGCAGGAUCUGGUCAAAGACCUCCAAUCAUAGACCUUCAAGUCAGAACAAGAGUUCUGCUGGGAGAAUACCGGCAGAGAGAGAGCAUUGCUAGCAGAACUCGGUCAAGGUCUCAGACCCCAAACAACCCGGUCACUUAUGAAAGUGAACGUGGAGGUUUUAUACGCACCUUUACACUUUCUGAACGUGCAGGUGGGAGAACCUAUGUGAGUACUGACGGGUUUUCCACUCUUACAAUCUUCAAUCCUGGAUCAAGGGAAACUACAUCUGUUCCGAUUCACACCACGUUAAGGCAGAGAACGACACGUUUUGGUGAGCUUCCAUGGAGUGGAAGAGGGAGCUCUGGUGGUAACAGCUCUGCUUCUGGCUCCAGCUCUAACUCUGGCUCCAGUUCCAAUGGUGAAAGUUCAGAAAUUAGCUCAAACAUGUUUGAAGGAGGUAAUGAAGGAGCCCGACUUGACCCCUCUAACGACAACCACCAACCUAGAGGACUCACCAAAGAACAGAUUAAUAACUUGGCAAUGAGAAGUUUUGGUGAAAAUGGUGCAUUGAAGACAUGUAGUAUUUGCAUUACAGAAUAUACGGAAGGUGACAAACUUCGUGAGCUACCUUGCUCCCAUGAGUACCACGUCCACUGCAUCGACUGCUGGUUAUCGGAGAAUACCACCUGUCCCAUUUGUCGCAGGGCCGUCUUAUCUUCUGGGAGCAGAGAAAGGGUGGUGUAA